AUGCAUGUUGGAGCACUUAAAGAGGAAACAUCCCGGCCAAAGAGGAGCCGUGUGCCGACUUCUACAACACGGCCGGAUAAAGAACAGAGUGUUUUUACCUUUAUCACUGAUGAAAAUGGUAACAGAAAAAGUCGUCACAAUAAGGUGAGGCGUCCCCUCUCCAGAAAGCUGUGUUAUGCGGUAGGUGGUGUACCAUAUCAGAUGACCAACAUUGCUAUUGGUCUUUCUCUACAUAUCUUUCUGUUGGACGUAGUGCAGUAUGCAAUCCCCAUAUUUACCCUCAUUUCUCUCUGUUUUGCUCUUGUGUGGUGUCCAGAUGGAGACCCCCUCGUCGACUAUAUAGUGAGCAGGAGUCAGUGGACCCAAAUCGGCAAGCUCCUCCCAUGGUGGUUACUUAGUUCACCUUUAAUUGUGGUCUCACACUUCUUCCUGUGGUUUAUACCUCACAAUACAGUGAGCUCAGCGUUCAGAGUGCCCUGGUACCUAACCAUCAGCUGUCUUUUUGAGACUUUCAUGAGUUGCUACAGUGUUCCAUAUACAUCCCUCAACAUGUUUCUGGGAGGAGAUCAACAAGACAGAGACUCCUUGCAGAGAGAACAUUUCAAACACUCAUACUGAACGUCAGCUGUGGAGGCGUUAGCUAUGCUGAUGGCGACCGUGAUUCAGGGUCAGGUGCUGUGGGUGUAUAACAAAGACAGAGAUCAAGCCUGUCUGAACGAGGACCAAGAACCGGACCUCCCACACAGCACAGCGCUGCACCAACAGAGAAAUGCCUUCAUGAUAUCAGCACUAGUCGUAAAUGCACUCUUCUUUGUUUGUUGUAUGGUGCUGUUCCUGGGGGUCAAAGAACAAAAACUGCCUCACAGUGUUCACAUGCACACUACAUACCUGAAUGCUUUGACGAAGCUCACUGGCCAUCUGUCAUACCAGUGUCUUGUCCUCGGCUUCCUCUUCUCCAGCUUUUCAGGUUGGAUCUCUAAUUAACCUAUAAAGUACAUGGAAAAUCAGAACUAGAACAAAAAUGUCAUGUUGACAUGCAAUCAUAUCAAGAGUAUUUGCUACCUUCUGUAUUGUAUAAAUCGACUCUUAUGUAUGGCCGCAACCAUAUCAGUGCCAAUGUGGCAGAUGACACUGGUGAAGCCGAGCAUGAAAACUGAACUUUUUAUAGGUCUACCUUUCCUCAUACCAGCUCUGAUAGUCUUGGUUGCCAUGCCAGAGAACUUUCCAGUUUACAUGGUCAUGUGUGUUUUGGUUGGAGCUAGUUUAGCUGCACAGUUCUUGUUACCAUGGUCAAUGCUGCGAGAUGUAGUGGAUGAGUUUGCUGUUCAGACCCCCUCCUGCGGGGGCCGGGGCCUGGAGCCCUAGCUUUUUUCAUGCUCGAGGUUUUGCAUCAAGCUCGGAGGAGGUCUGUCUGCUGGCAUCUCCACUGUGACACUGCACUUUACAGGAUAUAAAGCAGGUGCAUGUAGUCAUGCGGAUUGAAUCAUCUUGGCACUGAAACUGCUUUUGGUCCCCAUACCGAUCACCUUGCUGGUGGGUUUAGUGUUUUUCUAUCUGUACCCAAUCAAUGAAGCACAUCAGAAGAAGAUUCAACAAGAUCUCGGACACACAAGCGGGAGUCCUCAUCCUUUUGAAGUGCAGAAAGGUGGAUUUGCAAUGUCGACAAAACGAACAAAACUCUACCAGGCUUCAGCUGCAACUAAAGUGUUUGAGGGAGGGUCAAAGUAG